UCAGAAAAGCCGAUAAGUCUGGAAAAAUGUUUAUUAGAUUUGUGCACAAUAACUAAUAGUGAUAAGUAAAUUCCACGUAAACUCUCGGAUAACGGUCACAUUUCGAAAACUAAGUCCAGUGUCGGCUGUUUCAUUAAACAUAUUUUUAUUGAAAAUGUGGGGUUUUAAGGUGUUUCUGUCGCUUAUAUGCGUGACAAUGCAGCUGACAGCGAGUUGUGAAGCAGUGGAAGCCUUUGAGAAAUCGCCUAAGGAGCUAAAAGAAAAAUCAACCAAGCUUCCACCUUGCAAAUCGUGUACUGUUCUUGUCGAGUCCUUUAAGCUGGGUUUGGAAAAAACCAGCCGCGGCAAGCAUGCCGGUGGUGACGCAGCUUGGGAAGAGGAAAAACUACGUUCGUAUAAAACUAGUGAAGUGCGUUUGGUAGAAGUGCAAGAGCAUUUGUGCAGCGACGUUAAACGUGGACAGGACCAAUGCCAUACUAUGGCCAACGAUCACGAGCAUUUUCUAGAAGACUGGUUCUUGCAUAAACAAAACGAGUCGCCAGACUUGAAUGCAUGGCUGUGCAUUGAAAAACUGCAAGUAUGCUGUCCUGAUGGUCAUUAUGGACCGGAGUGCAAACAGUGCACAGAUUGUAACGGCAAUGGUAAAUGUAAGGGAUCUGGCACACGCAAAGGCAAUGGAAAAUGUGCAUGUGAUGCUGGAUUUACUGGGGAUAAUUGUAAUAUGUGCGCUGAUAAUUACUAUGAAGCCUACAAUGACGGCAAAAAGAUGCUUUGCUCCACAUGUCACAAGUCUUGCGGCGAAAAAGGGUGUACUGGCGCUGGACCCAAAGCCUGUCGAAACUGCAAAGAUGGUUGGACAAUGGGCACCGACCCCGCAGGAUGUUUGGAUAUUAACGAAUGUAUAGUGCAGAAACGCCCAUGCCGGCCUAAUCAGUUUUGCGUAAACGACGAAGGUACCUUUUCGUGCUUGGAAUGUGAUCGUUCGUGUGAGGGUUGUGACGGUGAUGGGCCUGAUAUGUGUAAAAAGUGUGCAACUGGCUAUGCGUUGAAGGAUGGAAAAUGUCAAGAUGAGUCGUCUGAGCAACGCGAUCAAUUCGUGAACAUAACACGCUUACUCACCUACUUUGGCCUCUGCAUUGCCACUUGCGUGAUUUUCCAAAGCUCAACACACAUCGCCUACAUAGUGGGUGCAGCUGUAGCCAUUUACAUAGCAGCAUCCGAAUAUUGGCUGAACUCGUCGGCAUCGUCAGGAGCAGCUAAGCCACAGUUUGAUACCAAACAAUUAGAAGAUUUAAUUAUGAAAUCACUUUAAUAAUAUAAAAAAUGUUCACAUCAAAUAUUUACAUGGAAUGCAAAGCAAGUCAAAAGUGCAUCAAAGUAUUAACUAGAGAAAUUUAAAUUUAUUCUGUGAAUAAAAGUUGGCAACGUGUGUAUGUAGUUAUAUGAAAAUGAUUUGUAAAAACAUGAUUUGAAAUUGCAUAACCAACUUUAAAGUGAAACACACGAAACGCACAAGCAAAGCAUACGCACUUUAUACUACAAACAACCAAUUUCCAGAGCACCAAAGUAUUGUAAUGAGGAAGUUGGUGAAGACAAUGAAACGGUCAGCGAUAGCACAAGAACCGAACUGUAAUUUAAGUUAAAUGGUAGCCAUAUUAAAACCACUGUGUUAGAUGUUUCAAACAGAAAGUUUUUUAUUACAAAUACUAAAACCAAAUACGACUGUAAGUAUGCGACGAAUUUUCAUGAACGCACACCAACCGAAACGACGCUAAAUUAAUUUAUUGUAAUUGCUUUAAAUUAUAAUUAGUUCUCUAUUUAUUAUGAAAUGGGAGGCAUAAAAGCCAAUAGCACUAAUACACACAUAUAUAAGCCCACGUUUAGUUCAUAAGGUGAAUAUUGAAUGUAACUGAUUGACAAAUGAAUGCACGCAACUGCCAUUUUAAGCGAUGGAGAUGUGCGCAAUAGUGGAAUAAAACUGCUGUCUCUCAUGAAACAA